UGGUCAAUUCUUCCUUUCUUCUCCCUGGCUGGAAAUGGGAGCUCUUAUUUGAUAUUGCAAUGCUUUGUUGUGAAGCCACUAGUGAUGGUGUUUGGAGGAGGCUUGACCCUGAAUAUAUAGCUGAAGGAAAGAGCUGGGAGACCAGUCAAGUGGGAUGAUUGGCAGGGGACAAGGCCAUGAGCUCGGACGUGCGUACAUUUUGGCUCAGACAUUUAAAGGGGCCAAAACUGAUCCUGACAUGUUGGACCCAAUGUUUAUGUGGUCCUCAUGAGGAAUGCUUGACUGCAGGGGCAAGUCAGUAUGUCAACACAUUGAGGAUACCCUAGUGGGGCAAAACACUGAAUCUAAUCAAGAUCACACUGCCUCUUCCUGCAACAAUGCAUGUUCUGAAACUCAUGGCCUUGUCUCCUGCCAGCCAGAUGAGCUGAUAGCUGCACUUGAACCGCAUGCUUCUGUUUGCUAUUGCAUAUAAAUCUAUCACCUUAGCGCCAAUACUUCAUCAGUCCAUCAACAAGCUAAGCACCACAACUAGUAGCUGAACAUCACCUGAAACUUGAUACAAGCUGAGCUGCUCUACUCUCUGUUUUUUUAAUCUUUAAGAACCGACUACAAUUUCUUAGAUUUAUGUAGCUCUGUCAUUGUACGAAUAAAACCAUAAAGGUAUUUUUCCCCUGAAUAGCAAACCAUGAUGUUAAUGCGGCUUAAACUAUAAUCGAUUUUGAGAACUUUAAAACUAUAAGGUUCACACUAGCAUUGAUAUGCGGGAAGAUUGUAAAACUGCUGAUCACUGUUCCAAGAUUCCAGUGUGCUAAUUUUGUAGGUCCAUGCACGAAGAAGCGACGAAACGGAGCUCACAUGAGAUGACGGAGAUCCAACAGACCGCCAAUGGAAGAAGUGAUAUGAAGCUGUCUAGCAAGUAGCCUGGACCGUCGAACACUUCAAUCUGGUUGGUCGGAUACAUUGUGCUAUGGGAAUGGAGAACUGUCAGACUACAUGUCCCAAUCUAUUCAGAUCCUCAAAAAUGACAUACUUAUCACCCAAAAACAAUGAAUCACAGACAGAAAAUGGUCCUAACUCCUAACAUGUUGGGCCCAAUUUACAUGUGGUCUUCAUGAGGCAUGCGUCAUGGACAGAACUGGUCAGUAGGGCAGCAUAUUGCGAUAUCCACACAAUGCAAUCCAAGAAGCGGCAGGCAACACUGGUGGCCCGGAGAAAUCCAAUCGAAAUCAUGUUGCUUUUCUAUUGCAACACACUGCAUGUUCAGAGCUCGUGGGCAUGUCUCUUGCCAGCCUGAGCUGAUAGCUGCUCUUGACCCACAGGCUCCUCUUUCCCCUUACCUAUAAAUCCAUCAGCUUAGCACCAAGACUUCAUCAGUCCAUCAGCAAGCUAAGCAUUACAGCUUGUAGCUGAGCACCAAGACUGCUCUCUGAACUUUUAGCCACAACAGCAGGAGAAGCAACCAUGGUCAGUGCCAAGAGACUUGUUCAAAUGGCGAAGAAGUGGCAGAGAAUUGCGGCCCUCGCGAGGAAGCGGAUCACGUCGCCGGCGAAAGAAACCGAAGGGUCGCCGGGCAGCACGUCGUCGGUGGCCAGCAAGGGCCACUGCGUGGUGUACUCGGCCGACGGCGGGCGGUUUGAGGUCCCGCUGGCGUACCUCGGCACAGCCAUCUUUGGCGAGCUCCUGAGCCUUUCGCAGGACGAGUUCGGGUUCGCCGGCGAUGACGGCAGGAUCACGCUGCCUUGCGAUGCUGCCGUGAUGGAGUACGUGAUGUGUUUGCUCAGAAGAGACGCAUCAGAAGAGGUCCUGAGGGCGUUCCUGAGCUCCAUGGCGAGGCCUUGCCACUGUGGAAAUGGCUUGGGUCAAUAUGUGGGAGUUAGCCACCAAGUUGCUGUUCCUAGCUUCUGAAGAUUAGCCCUCAGAUUGUUUUCUUUUUUCUUGAAUGAUACAUGUAAAUACUUAGAUGUGAGAUAUUGGAAAUGAAAGUAGAUAUGAUUGUUCAAAAAGAAAUGGAAUGUACUUGUUCAGU